AUGCUGAAUUCCAACCGCCCGGAGUUUCUCUACUUGACAAACUCCCUCGAACUUAUCGCGAAGGAGCGGAUGGAAGCGGAGCGGAUGGAGUAUGAGCCUGUACAGAUCCCCGUCCCCCUCAUUUGUCAUGCAAAGUGCCAAGACUACCCAGUGCCUCUUCGCACUGCUUGCAUGACAAGUGCCGGAACAUUAAUCCGGAACAGCACUAAGAUUAUCGGUCGGCGAUUUGUCAUGCCAAGGCUGCACACUUGCCAGAGCUUGUGUUGCUGUAAGUGCCAUCCAAAUUAAUGAGUGGCAGGGGCAGUUGUGCGCUCCCAUAUGGAGCAGCAGCAAUCGACAAGUGGGGCGAACACCACCAAUCCGGGGAUCAAUCCGAGUGGGAUGCUGAUUGAUGUGAUCGUCUGCAAGGUCUUCACGAAGCAAAUGGAGGAGUUAGAACCGUUACAGAUCCCUACCUCGAAGAACAUCGAGAGAUGUUUCCACCGCGAAUUCGACAAUUGGGAGCCGCCCGGGAUGAAAAACACGAAACCGCGGUACACAACGCCAACCAUCUCCGCCGCGAAAUUGAAUCGGUCGCACAUUUCCUAUAUGCUCUGCAAAAGUAUCGCACUUGUGAAUAUGUUGCGAUUUUGCAUGACAAAGGUCUUGUCCAAGCUGAAUCAGCAUUACAAGUCGCACUUGUGAUCUUCUUGCCGAAAAAAUUUGUGAUGCAAGCUAUACUAGUGCCAUGCUUUUGCAAUGCAUAUCCUACAAGGGAGUGUCUGGUGUUUCUCCCGUGAGCCGCGCGACCGGGUCCCCCGAGGUGCAGUUGCCACGGGGGGCGGUGACUUCUCUGUCAGGAGGAGUGGUUUCUGGAGGUGCAAUAAAUUCGACGGUUUCUGCUGCUUCUGUCGUGGAUUCUCAGCCGGUGCACCACCAGAACUUCGCUUCGGGCUCUGGCCGGCCAAUGGCCGAGCACGCGAUCGGGAACAGCAACGAAAGGAGCGGUAUGAAUUGCAAAUAUGUCUGGGUCUGGAAGAAUGCAAACUUGUGAUGCGCAUUUCACAACACACAGGAAUCUCUCAUGCAUAGUCAGCAACAGCUGCCUACUUUCUGUCACCAAAGUCGGGCAUUUGUGAUGCAGAUUCGGCAUUGCGGAGGCUUGUCGAAACCUGUGAUGCUAGAGCUUCCAUGCCAGACCUUCUUUGUCAUACAAAAGCAGCAUGACUCUUCCAGACCCAGACACUUUUGCAUUUGAUAAGCGGUUCUAGGCCAGAAUUGGUGAGCUCGCACUUAAUCCCGACAACCUCCAGUUUGAUCCCGCAGACGAGCAGCAGUUUCCGUAUGAAAGCCUCAGGUCGGAAAUCCUCAAAGUGAAAAUAAUUUGUAAUGCAAAAAAACGACUCCACUUGGAGCACCAUUUAUAGUCGGCGCAUGACAAAUUUCCCGGGCACUCAAAACGUGUCUGUCAUGCUAGUUAGGCAAAGGGGUGCCCUUCUCUCAUGCUAAUCAGCAGCCCAAUUCUGAACCCAUAGAAGCACAAUAGUCGACCUCCAUCGCGUUCUCUGCAAUACAGCCUUUUUGGUGUCGCAUUUCAUGCAUCACAAAUUAUUUCCACUUUGAGGAUUUCCAUUCUGAGGGUGUCAUAUUCCGGGAGUUACUAGCAGGAUCCGCGUUGGCGCACAAAGCUACCGUGAAGGGAAGCGGAAGUAGUGCGAGUCAACUUUCGCAGAGUCCAGGAGGAACUACGGGCUCUUCUGCAACGGGAGGGCAAGGACAACAGCAACAACCCCUGGGUGUGCGGCGUUGGUACGAAUCGAGCAGCAGUGGGCAGAACGCGUCUUCCUCCAGUUCCGCAGCGGAGUAUCCUGAGUAAAAAUGUUCCCACCCCAUAGUCGAGAUGGGAAAUCUGCUAGACAAAUCUGCCACCUUUGGUUGUUGCGCAUGACAGGUUUUGCCUCGUAGUGUAAUCCUGUUCAGUUUUUUCAGCAGCGUCACGCAUCUAGCCUAUUAUUCUAGCUGGAGCAACACAAAUGCCAAAACGUGACGAGAAAACGCUUCUCAUGGGGCUCCGCAUGAGAAACAUGCAGCUAUGGAGUGGGGACGUUUUUGCGCAGGAUACGGAGGAUGAGGGAUCCAGGCCGACGACCAGCCCGAUGGUAUCGGGGAACAAGGAUGGACAGCCCGGAGGACAGGGGCAGAGGCCGAGGUUCUCGGCCACCGCGGGUAGGGGCGGGAGCUCCCGGUUUUGCGCAGUCGAUGAGAAAACCGGGAAGACGAUAAGCAACGUGAAUGCUUUGCGAAAAUUCCUCCCCACAAGUCCUUCGCAAAGACUUUUAUCCGCGCAGAGUCGGGGUAUGUCCGCCGGAAGCAACAAAGCAGCGUCGAAAAAUAAGGGGAACAAAAAUAAUGCGAACAAUAAUUCGAGCAACGAAAACACUUUGUCCGAUGAAUCCUCUUCAGAGUCUUCCGACGAGCGGGGGAGGGCGUCUGGCGUGGAGAAAGAGGCGAAGCGGCUGGAGAGGGAGAAAAAGAAGAAGCAAGAGCUUUUAGCAGCGAAAAAACGGCAGCAGGAAAGACGGGCGGCCGGGUUGUCAAAUUCAAAUUCGCCGAAGCAGAAAGGGAACAGCCCAGACGGAACAACCGCUGGUGGAGUAAAUAGCCAAGACUUGAAUGAUUUAUCCAACUGCUCGCCAGGGGGAACUACACAGUCCAACUUCCGCGCUACAACGGAUGAGCAGUAUGAGUGUUCCCCAAGGUUGUUGAAUGAAGGACCUCGGUCCAAGUUUUUCUACAAGACCCGGGACCGGGUUCUGCUUUACCGGGCCAGAAUGAAGGACGUGGUGCCCUGUUACAUCGUGACGAUGCUCGCGGAUGUGAAGUACAGUGAUUUGAACACGCGGGGAAUGGCCAAUACCGCCAACAGCUACAGUAGCCAACUGCAACUCCAGCAACAGCAACUGCCGCAGUUGCCGAAAGAGAUGCCUGGGCUAAAUCCUUUGUUGGGGUUUUCCUCCAUCCACUACGAUUACCACUUAACUAACGCGUGGAAAGCGUUAAGAAGUUUCUGGACAGCGAAUUCAGGGGUGAUGUCUUCACCGUCGAAAGGCGGUCUGAGAACAAAUAGAAGCUUGUCACCACCACAGGCAACAUCUUUGUCUCCGUCACGACGUGCUCACCAAAACCGAGCGAAUCAGGUGUCCUCGAGCAGCUCCAGUUCUUCUGCUUCUUCUGGCACAGAAGGCGUUUCUGGCGCCGGUGGUAGAGCGAAUGACCAGUUUGGAAGUAGUGGGUCGAAGUUAUUACAAUGAAAAAUGCCCCCACCCCCGAACUUAGGAGCAUUUGUAUUGCAAAUCUUUCAAAAAGAAACAUUCGCCCUCUUGCAUCUAUCAGCAUCACAGAUUUCCAAUCGUGAAUAGCAAAAAUUUGUAUUGCAAAAGAUCCCAGCAAGCGCGGCGCUUGUCAUGCAAGCGAUGCGAUAUACGCCUAGACCCUGCAUCAGAAAGAUUCAUACUCCUUUCAUGCAUGACAAAAAGUUUUCAUUUGGAAACUUCGCAUCACAAAUGUUUGCAACUGUGGGGGUGGGGGCAUUUUUCACUCUAAUAGAAGUCUCCCUCAAAAUCCACCAUCAGCACGACAGAUAGAGUGAACACGGGUUCGGGAGAUCGUGGGAGUGGGGGUGAUUAUAACAGUAGCACACCAACAACAACGACGACAGGGGGGACCGCAGUUUCGGCCAGCGGUUUUAUUCCGGGCGGCGGGGGCGCGAGUGCAACGACGCAAGCCGCCGAUAGUAACCACGGGAUCGUGAAUACGGACACGAAGUUGGUCGGGUUGUGGAGCAGCUCGUCAAGUGAGGAAGAGACGGAAAUGCUGUUCGGCGAAGUAAAUACCAGCAAUGCAAAUCACAACUCUGCUGCUCGUGACAACCAGAACUUUGCCCGGUUAAAGGAAAAGGAAAUCUUGCGCGACGAAGUUGGUACCACUAACAAGCCGGAAAAAGUACAAAUCGUGGAAGAGCUCGUCCUCGAUGAGAACAAAUCGAACACCUUCUACGCUUCGGGUAAUAUCUGCAACUUGAGUAAGUUGAAAAUCUUUAAACUCUCCUUCUAUCAAAUGCAAAAAUGUCUGGGUCUGGAAUGUUGCCGGGUUUGUCAUGCAUAUUUUGCAUGACUCCUGACGUCUGUGAUGGAUGCCCUAGCUUCACAGAUUUUGUGAGGGCUUCCUGAUGCCUAUGCCGCAUGAGAAAUGCCCUCUCGCCGGGGCAAAAGCUGGACCGCUUCUGCUGUUCAUGCAAUACAGAUUUUUGUAGCAUCCAAAUGCAGCAUCACAAGUUCGCAUCCUUCCAGACCCAGACACUUUUGCAGUUCAUACCUUCUCCGACGCAGCCAUCCUCUCCUUCAAGCACGUGAAGCGGUUGAUAUCAAAUGCAAAAGUGUCUCUGUCUGGAAGAUUGCGAGACUUGCCCUGUCAGCCUGGCAUGACUCUGCACUCUGUAUUGCGUGACCACCAAGAGCAGGUCCUGUCGCCUUUCAUGCAAAAGCGCAGUUUCUCAUGCGAAAUACGCAGCACAGAAACUACACGAAAACACUUGUCAUGCUUGGCGGCGCAUAAUUACAUAGCAAUUAUUGUUCACGGAAUUUUUGCAUCACAAGGUUCCAGACCCAGGCACUUUUGCACUUGAUAGUUGAGUUUGGCGAACAAUUUGCUCGAAACGGUUUUCGACGCGAUCCCGUUUGAGGUUCUUUUAUGACACUGCACAACUCCCCCUCCCCCUCAUUUGUAUUGCAUGAACAGCAAUUAUACAAGCAUCAGAAAGAAUGCCGGUUUUGCAUGACAAAGCUGCACUGGAGUGUAGUGCUGUUUGGGCUUCGAGGAUUUGUCAUGCAAACAGUGCUACGAGGCAGCAGCUGGAUUUGGGAUUUUGCAUUACAAAUGAGGGAGAGGGUGAGUUGUGCACUGUCAUAUCUUUUACACCUAGAGCAGCUGGAUUUGUCCGGAAAUAGAAUCCAGUUCGUGACGAGAAGGGAGUCCUGUCUGAAAAAAAUCUACUUCCCGGUGGCGUGCGGGUUGCAGGGUAGUUCUUGCGGAAGUGGUAUCAAAAUGAAAAAUCCCCCCUCCCCAUAUCAAAGCGGAAAUUUGUGAUGCUGAUUUGUGACCACAAAUCAGCUUUGUAUUGCACAGAGGCACUGCGGCCAGAUCCCCAGGCUAAGCAGGGGCGUAUGGGUCUAGUAGUUCAGCAUGGCAAACGGCCCCCCUUUAGGCCAGACAGCAUGACAAAUCGCUUCCAUAAUGGGGCGGAAGCUUCUGCCCUUGUCUUCUUGCAAGACAGAUGUGAUUUGUGACCUCAAAUCCGCAACACAAAUUUUUGGACACAUACCUUUUCAAUAUGGGGAGGGGGGAUUGUUCCUCUCAAUAAGUGGCGCAAGAAAGAAAGCGCCGUCUAUCACUUCUGAGCAAAAUAGGACAGAUGAGGAACAGCAAUCCACCGCGGGGAACGAUGAAACUGCAGAAGACGCAGGUGGACCUCCGUCCAUCGAUUUGGACAAACCGCUGCCGGAUUUUUUCGUGUUUGAGAAGAUGAAGAAGUUGAACUUAUCCUCGAACUACAUUGAUCGGUUUGAGGAAGUGAUAACUUUGUCGAACGUUUUCCCCCGGUUGACGGACUUGCUGGUCGAGGGGAAUUAUCCUGUGUAGAGGUAUCGUACUCGUAGUAAUUGCAUUUACGCAUUACAAAUCCCUUUCUCAAGGAAAAUCAGCAUUACAAAUUCAAUUUGCAGCGCUGGGCUAAUUUGUAAUGCAAUUCAUACUAGUACGAUGCUUUUGCAUUGCAUAGGAAUCCAUUGGUGAAGUUGGACGGUACUAGUCACGCAGGUUCGACCACGAAUCAUCCUGGUUUAGCAUCACAAACUACCUCAAGUAAUACUAUCAACCCGAACUCCAACACGGUCCGGCAAGACAUCGUUUUCCUUUUCGAGGAGCUUCAGCAUUUAGACUUGCAGAAGAUCCCGGUGGUGGGAACGGGGGCCGCCGUGGUGACCAACGCCGCUGCAGCCGGAAGGGAGGUGGUAGCGCAGAAAACCUGUUCUGUGGGGAACGAGGCGAUGCAAAGUUACGCACGGUAUUUGACCAGUGAUAGAAGGAUUUUCAAAAAUGCGAUGGUCGUGAAGGAGGACAGUGAAGGGGAAAUGUCUCAUCUGGCGGGGGCGAAGAACGAAGGCGGUAAUGCUGGAGCUUCAGGAAUAAAGGAAACAGCAGAACAGGAGCAGAAAGCUGUUUCUGAUGCAGGUGCAGCUGCUUCACAACCACCACCGCCGGCAACUUCUAGCAAGGAAAAAGAGCGGCAAAAUUUAAAAGACAAGUUCAACGAAUUAGAAUUUUUCGAGAACCGGAUUUUCGCCAUCAACCCGAGAUGUCGUGCGACCAUGGACAGUCUGUUCUUACUUCCUGGUUUACGAGCGGGGGCGAUGGAGCGGCUUUUCCAGUAUUCGCAGACGGCAUUGGAGAAUGCCUCUGCAGCUACAACAUCGAAUGUUCCGCCGAGCGGGGCCGCUUCGGAACAAACUGGGGGGUCUAGUAGCACCGCGGGAAUAACACCAGGAACGGGUAAAAGUGGGGCAGGUGCUGCUACUGCAUCCACUUUCUCCAGCCCGGACAAGAAAGACACUACAAAUGCAACGACGUCCUCUACUUCACAGCAAACCGCGCAAGCUCUGUCCGUGUGGAAGAAGGGGGUAAAUGUUCUCGAUUUGUCGAACCUGAAUCUCCAGACCGGGCCGAAUCCAGAGAACCAUCAAGGGGUGUUGGGGGCACAAAAUAAGUCUUCGAGAAAUCACAAUAUCAUCAACCAGGAGGUGGGGAAGAGGUUGCGGAAUUGCGCGGAACAUUUGUUCGCCUGUUUGAAGAGCAGCAGCUUUAUGCCGUGGAUGAGUACUAAUUCAGCGAGCGGAAGUAGUAGCAGUUCUAAUACUACUGCACCAGAUUGGGAUCAUCAUCUCAAAGACGAUGCAGGUUCAUCCGCAUUGCAAAUUUUCCAGCACGCCAAGGUCUGGUGGGAUCGGCUCUCGCUUUGCUGCGAAGACGAGGGGGAAGAGGAGGACGGUGUAAAAGACGAAACGAGAAAUGCCAUUUCAAUCGCGCCGAACAAAGCAGCAACCGCAACAGCAGCACCCUCUCAACAUCUACUCAAGCCGCUCAAAACCACGACCCAACUGCUUCUUAUGGAUUGCAAAAAUGUCUGGGUCUGGAAGCAUGCAUGUUUGUCAUGCUUGUCUGGCAUGACUCUCAAAUCUGUGAUGCACGUUACCCAAGAGCGCCAUUUUUCUGUCAUGCAGAAACGCAGUCUGUCAUGCAGAAUAGGCAACACCUAGAAACUCAGAAACUUGUCAUGCUAAGGCAGCACUUGUGGCUUCCUCAUGAUACGCCACCCAGCAUCACAAGUUUCCAGACCCAGACACUUUUGCAAUGCAUACUUCUCAACGUGACGCAGAUUCUCGUAGAUUUCAAAAAUGUCUUGAAGAUCAAUCUCUGUAGCAACAAGCUCACCAACCUGCUCUUCCUCCGGUACGGAUUUCCAAUUUUGGAGGAAUUGAUUUUCGACGACAAUAGGAUAUCAUCUCUUUCCGGUCUGGAAUCGAAGUGCCAGACGCUGAUCCGGGUUAGAGGGAACAACAAUUGCGUGAAGGAAAUUACGCAUUUAUUUUCCCACACACAAAUUGUACAGAACAAUUCUGCGGACAAUAAGGAGAACAACAGCAAAGCUACUUCACAAGAGCCGAAAGACACACAACAAGCUGCGAAGGAAAAAGAGCAGAAGACUAGGGAAUACGUCGUCGUCUACUCUCGGUUGCAGUAUUUUUGCUUGCAAAGGAACCCGUUGGAGUCCUUCAUUAUCUGCAAGGUCGGUGGGAACCACGUGGCGCAAAAAUUGCUCCCAAGUCUCGUCUAUGGAUUGCAAAUAUGUCUGGGUCUGGAAUAAACUUGUGAUGCAAGGAAGGCAAUACUUAGCACGUGGUUCCGAGUUUUUCCGUGGUUCUGAGUUGCCUACUCCGCAUGAGAAUCUCCAUUUUUGCCUGACAGGCAGGAGGAGCUCUUCGAGGCCACGCAAUACAGCGUUCGGAGUCAUCCCAGACUAGCAUGACAAGUCUCACAAUCUCCCAGACCGAGACAUCCUUGCAGUUGAUAUCGUCGAACUUUACAUUGAUUUGAUCCGGGUCGAGCCGUACAAGUUAUCAAAUGUAAAAAUGUCUGGGUCUGGAAACUUGUGAUGCUGUGUGGCAUAUCAUGAGGAGGCCACAAUUGCUGGCUCGGCAUGACAAGUUUCUGACCUUCUAGGUGUUGCCUAUUCUGCAUGACAAACUACGUUUCUGCAUGACAGAAAAGUGGGGCUCUUUGGUAAUGUGCAUGACAGAUUUAAGAGUCAUGCCAGACAAGCAUGACAAACUUGCAUUCUUCCAGACCCAGACAUUUUUACAUUUGAUACAAGUUCUACGAAUCCUAUUCCGUCGCGAAGAACACUUCGGUUCAUAACUCUCUCGCGAAUUCCGAAACCGAAAGCUCCUCCUCCUCUGCUUCUUCUGGUGAAAAUAAGAACGGUAAUCAUGGGAGUGGCGAACAGACCACGAAUGAAUCCGGAUCCAGUUCGGGUGAGCAAAGUGGAUCGUCUUCAGGAGAUAGUACUAGCGGAACAAAUUCCUCCUCCACUUUAAAUCUAGACGGGAUCAGGCACACGAGAAGCAAAACGCGGAACCACUGGACCGCCUCGAUGCUGAUUGAGGACGAGCCGGAUAACUUUUUGAAACGGAAUGUUUUGGUCUAUUUGAAAAACUUACCAAGACUGUGGGUGUUGCAACUAAACGUCUACUACCCGAGCAGGAGGACGGGGGUUUUCUCAGUCGAGGAUUUCAAGAGUGGUGGGGGGAAUGUCAACAGCGGGAUUGGUGGGGCGAACAGCUCAACAUCGUCUCCGAACAAAGGCGGUCCUUUCAUCUCGCCUGCGAAAGGAGGCGGGCAGAAUCUACUUCAGAAGCCGACCGGCGUGAUCAGUCCGGGCAAGAUGAAAGCGGGUUCUACUUGUUCUUUUCAGACAUCUAUGGAUUGUAAAAAUGUCUGGGUCUGGAAAGACGCGAACUUGUCAUGCUAAGUCUGGAUAAUACAAAAAUUUGUGUUGCAUGAUUGCCAAUAGGUGUCCACUUUUGAACAAGUUUAGAGGCAGUUUGUCAUGCAGGAUAGACAUGAUACAGACUUCGAAGAACCUGUCAGGCUAGGUCCUGCAUUGCAGACCUCAAGGGGCAUGGAAAACCUGCAUGACAAGUUUAACACUCUUCCCGACCCAGACAUUUUUACAUUUGAUAACAUCCCUAUUAGACGAGAUGUACGUCUCCUCGAACGCGUAUGGAAGUGUCAGGAUCGAAUGCGACAGAGUUCAAAUGAUUUGCGAUGCAUAAAAUCGAUACCAGUUGGACCCUCUGUUUCCAAGUGGCGCAUGACAAGUUUUGGCAUUGCCGAAAUUCAGUCUGUCAUGCUGCUUGGGCAAAGACAGUUGCUUCUGUCGUGCUACUUCGGCAGCUCUAUGGUCUCUACCCACAAGCAGGCUUUGAAUCCGGCCCCACUUGCCGUUGCCACUUCGCAAGACAGGCACUUUGUUCCUUGUGUUUUAUGCAUUACAGAUUAUUCAAGUUAUUUGCCGCUUUCGAUCCUGACGCUUCCAUAGCGCGAACCUCAGCCCAAGUUCCUCCCCCUCGAAGACCUCCUUAACCACGGCGAGGAGCAACUUUUUACUGAGUUACGAGAAAGUCACGAAAAGGCGGCAGUGCAUUCACGUGAGGGACGAGGAGGACGAGGGGAUUUUGUCCGAGUACAACUCCAUGCUGCAGCAAGCAAAUCUCGCGGAACUAGAUUAUCUAGGGCAAGGGGUUGGCGGCGCGCCGGGGUCGAAUUCAUCUACCGCGCAAGCACGGUCCUCUGCCAGAAGGAACAGCGCGGGGUCAAAGAACGACUUGACUGGGAAUGACAGUUCUGCUUCAAGCUCUUCUAGCGGAAUAACCGGCUUCACCAACGUCGCGGCAACCCCGAUGUUUUCUACUGGUGUGAUGAAGAACCAAAAUACUAGCGCUGGAAAUGCUGCAUCGGGUACUAGUGGCACCGCGACUGGAUCAGGAACAUCGAAGGGCCCCUCGAAGAACCUUCGCAGUACUCUCCUCCGCAGUCAGCAGGCCGCGUUGCAUCAGCCGCAGACACUCUACAGCCAAGAGGAAAAAUCCUAUCCUGAGUAAAAACAUUCGCACCCCAGAGUCAAGAUGGGGAUUCUGCAACACAAACCUUGAAGUUUUGGGAGUCACGCAUGACAAGUUGCAGGCUGUACUGUAGUGCUAGUGCAGCUUAGCAAGGAGAGCCGCAUAACAAAUCCGUCUCCUCAUCCUGUUUACAGCAUUACAAGUUCCGAAACACAAUGGGAAGUGCCAAUGCCUCUCAUGGGGAUUCGCAUUACAAAUGCUCUUGUGCUUGCAAAUCUGCAUGACAACUCUGGGCUGGGGAUGUUUUUACAUGGGAUAAAUCCCGCUUGUUAACCAUCUUCUACCUGAAGCAACUCAAAGUUCUCAACGGGAUCUCUGUCACGACAGAGGAGCAGCACCGGUCGAAUCACUUGUUCGCGUCAAAGCUACAAGUGGAAUUAGUGGAGGAACUGUUGAAUUGCGAACUCCACCCGUUAGCGAACUCGGUGUUGCAGCAGAUGAAGGUGCUGGACUUGUCGAACCAAAGGUUGAGGGAUUUAUGAACUUCAAAAGCAUCCUACUCGUAGUAAUUGCAGUCAUGCAUUACAAAUCUUUUUCGUAAGGUAAAUCCGCAUUGCAAAUUUUAUUUCUCAUGCUGAGAAAAUUUGUAAUGUAUUUAUUCAAGUGCGACGCUUUUGCAUUUCAUAAGAUUUGUCGGAGAUCAAAUUUGCCCAACUCUUCCCCCACUUGAGAAAACUGGUUUUGGACAACAACCCCGGUUUGCUAGAGUUGGACUUUUCCAACAAAGCACUCGGGAUACUAGCGCCGCCGGCAACGGCGAAUCAAGCAGGUGGCACGGAAAGUUCUACUUCGAACGGUGAAACGAGUAAAGAGAUAAAGCAAGACCAACAACAGGGCCCACAGUCGCUCCAACAGGUAGCGAACCAAACCGGAAUAAACAAGCGAAAGGAAUCCAUCGCCGUUUCCAUCCACGGGCAACCCCUGCAAAAACUGGUGAAGCUCUGUCUCAACGGGUGCACGAAACUUUCUCCGGCUAAAUUAGAUUUAUCUGGGGUCCAGCACUUGGAAACUUUGGAACUGUCCAAUAUGAACCUGACCGAUUUGUUUUUCAUCCCGGAUUCCUUGCAAAACCAGAAAUCCUUGAAGAUUCUCCGCCUCGCCAGGAACGAAUUCCAGUCCGUGCCCGACGGUUGCUUUGCGCACUUGGCGUCGCUGCAGUUUCUGGACUUGAGCCAGAACAAGAUAAAGCUAGUGGAGCCGGACAAGUCGUUCCGCGGGCUGACGGAACUACGGGAAUUGCAUUUAGAGGAGAACCGGUUGCCCUCGUUUGGACAAUCAGAUGCGAUUGCGACGCAGGGAUACAUUGUGACGAAGAACGGCGUGAUAAAUUACUUUGCGGAAGAUAAGCCAAGAUACAAACUUAACUUAUGGUCAGCGUUUUAUUUGCGCAUUUCUAGUUGUACUCAUACUGCAUGUAAAGAAGUUCAAGUUGAAGUAUUGUCCAGUGCACUGAUGUUAUUUCUCGAAAAAUAAAUCCGCAUGACCAUGAGAAAUCGAAAUGCAACACUUCCACCAGCAUCGAGUUAAUUAUUAUUCCCCCCUCAGUGACUGACCAGUAGGUUUUGUGACUGCAUAAUAAACGGGAAGAACCAGAUGCCGCAAUCUCCGUUGAAAGGGCAAAAUACCGCGAAUUUGAAUUGGUUCCGGUCGGUGAGGCUGAAAGUGUUGAACCUUGCGUUCAACCGGAUCCAGGAGCUGCGCGAUGUCGGUAGGAUAAACGAACUUCGGGGGUUGCACACAGUUUCUCUGAUCAACAAUCCGUUCGCGCGUAUGGAAGCGUCAGGAUCAAAAUCGACAAAGUUGAAAAAAUUUGUGAUGCAUAAAACGGAUAACAGUUGGCGGCCAGUUUCCAAGUGGCGCACGACAAAUUUGGGUAGAGCCUAAAUCCAGUCUGUCAUGCUGUUCAGGUAAGGAAGACGCCUUUUGUCAUGCUACUUUAGCAGCUCACGUUCUGCCCGUCAAUAAGCUUACAAUCUGCCUCACUUGCCUACUCUGCAAGACAGGUUUUUUGUGGCUUGCAUUUUAUGCAUGACAAAUUAUUUCGACUCUGACGAUUUCGAUCCUGGCGCGUCCAUAGCGCGGAAGCACUGGUACCGCUACCAGUUGAUAAACCACGUCCCGUAUCAACUGCAAAAAUGUCUGGGUCUGGAAAAAUGCAACGUCUUUCAUGCAUAUUUUGCAUGACCCAUGAUGUCUGUGAUGCAUGCUGUGGCAUCACAGAGUUUGUAAAUGCUUUCUGAUGGCCACACAGCAUGAGAAAUUCCCUCUCCGCGUAGCGAAAACUGGACCCCUUUUGCAGUUCAUGCAAUACAGAUUUCAUGUAGAAUCCAAAAACAGCAUCACAAGUUUCAAUCUUCCAGACCCAGACAUAGUUGCAUUUGAUAUCCCGAACUUGAAAGCGAUCGAUUCCGUUGCGGUUACGAUUAUCCCGAGUAAAAACGACCCACGCCAGAGUCACGGUGCGCAUUUUGCUACACAAACCAACAGGUUUUGCAUGUUGCGCAUGACAAGUUUGGGGUCGCAGUGUAGUAAAUCUGCGUAGUCAAUAGUGCAGCCGCAUCAGAAAUGUAUCACUUUAUUCUAACUUCAGCAUGACAAAGUCCUAGACAGCAUUAGAGAAUGCUUCUAAUGUGGCGGCGCAUGAGAAACAUUUUGGUCUUGCAGAUUCGCAUUACAAGUCUGUUGGGGUGGGGACGUUUUUACGUUGGAUAACGCUCGAAGAGACGGAAAGAGUAGCGGUAUCAAAAGGAAAAAUCCCCCCUCCCCAUAUCAAAACGGAAAUCUGUGAUGCAGAUUUGGGGUCACAAAUCAGCUUUGUGAUGCUAGAAGGCAAAAGAUGCGGACUGUAGUGCUGUCCAGCGUGGGAAAGCCUUGCAGCUCCAGGAUGACAGGAGGCAACUGGAAGUGGGAAACAGCAUGACAGGCUGCCUGCAAUUUUGGCCGCAGCUUCGUCUCUUGGCCUUCUAGCAAUACAAGUCGAUUUGUGUACUCAAAUACAGCAUCACAAAUUCGCGCAUCUCCCGUUUCCGACAUGGGGUGGGGGCUUUUUUCACUUUGAUAAGCGGCUUUGGUUCGGCAGCAUUUGGAAAACAACCCGCAGGCCGCGAUGGCGGUUGUUACGGUAUAAUACAUAGGUUUUAAAGUUGUUACUCUUUUACUUUUUGCCGAUAGAAGGUUUUUGUGUAUGACAAGCGUUCCAGUUCAUGUUGUUUCCGCAUGACAAAAUGAAAAUCUUCUUCAUCAAAGGUCGACGCGUUAAUCGACGGUGGCAACGGGUCCACUCAACCUCCUUCCACCACCAAUUCUACCACCCUGGACGGCUCGCAGCAACAGAACAACAACAGUAGCCGGAAGUCCAGCAACUUCGUGCUGGGCGCGAAUCCCAUGCUAUCACACAGAAAAAAGCAGGCACGUCAUACUUGAAAUGCAAAAAGGAAUACACAAAAAAGUCUGUAUUGCGUGUCCCAAACAGUAUGAUAUGGGGCCGCCCAUGACAGAUUUUUCUGUGUAUUUACUUUUGCAUGGCAAGUAUGCCCUGCCUGCUUUUUUCUCUGGAAUACAUGCUUCCCGGGAGUUUGUCCAUUGCCCACCAAUCGGGGGGCGGCGAAAAGGGAACAAUGGGCCAAGGAAUUACCGGUGGUAGUACAACGUCGACGCAGAAGGGGCGACGGCCGAUGUCGGGGAAGGUAAAUCCGAACAAUGCAAGUGGUGGACACAACAUGCUAAAUUACCUCCCCGCGAACAUCGGAACGCCCACCCCAGCCGGAAACUUGACAAGCACCGGGGGGAGAACGAUAGGCCACUUACCUCUGACCGAAGGCGGACAUUCCCAGGCAGCACCUCCUAAUAUGGGGCAACAGCAACAUCAGCAAUCAAAUUCCGGAGGCAGUAGUACAUCAACCGCGAGCAUCGGAAAUACCCCAACGGGCCUUCUCACCGGUCAGCACGUCUCCGGGGGCAGUAGCAGCAGUUCCAGCGCAACUGAUAAGCGGAAGAUCGUGAAGGGAAGCGUCGCGGCGAGCCAGAAUAAUUUCGCUGGAAGUACGUCAAACGGCAUGACAAACACCGAGAUGCUCGCGUCUGUCGCGAAUGGAGCGGGAAACAGCAAUAGCGCUUCCACGCCAACAACAUCGGAUGGCAUGAUGCAAAUGGGUAGUAUGGGAAUCACCGCGAAGGCGAUUACCACGACAAAACCACCUCUAGGCGGGACAUUAAUGCCAAACGGAGGUGGGUCUAGUUUGACGAGCACGCCUGGGUCGACUAUGACAACCCCUUCCGUUGAGUCCACUUCCGGCCGGCCGCCGCGGAAUCCGACUGGGGGAACUACGGGAACAGCAAGUGCUGGCUCGCUAGUCACCGGACUGAGCUUGACGAACAAAAAUCAACAACAUCCGGGAGGCAGUGAACAAGCGGGAGGGUUCAUCUCCUCCUCCACCACGUCCACCACCCACACGCCCGUCGGCGACAUGUCCGAGAGGGAAAGCGCCUCUGCCUCUAUGUCGGAGCGGGAGACGAGCACGACAGAAGGAGUAGCUGUUCCUCCUUCAAGCAGUAGAGAUCACAACCAAAAUCAGCAAAGCAACAACGCUGGAAACACGAUGGAUUACGUGCAAGAACUGAUCCGGCCGGGGGUGAUCAAUUUGUCCGCUUCCACCGCGUAUCAAAUGCAAAUACGUUUGGAUCUGGAAACGUGUAAUGCUGAGUUGUGAAUAGUGAAUUCUCUGUAAUGCACAGCCAAGCAUGAGAAAUAUUUGCGCGGCUUGGUGUUGCGCUUUCCGCAUGACAAACUGCGUUUUGCAUGACAAGCAAAAGGGUCUCUUCAUCUUGGACACGCAUGACAAACUCUUCAGUCAUGCCAGACAAGCAUGACAAACCUUCCAGCCUUCCAGACCCAGACAUAUUUGCAGUGCAUACCGCGUCGAACAACAGUGUCUCCGGUGGGAGGAAUUCCACCUCGAACCCGUCCCAAUUGAACAAUAUCGUCCACAUGAGCAGUCUUUUGUCCAGCCGAAUCAACCUGAAUUCCGCCCCAACAUCAAAUAACCAAUUCGGAGGUGUUCCAGGGCACAACAUGAACCAGUUUGGAGUUGAAGGGCUCUCUGCUGGAAUAACCGGCAACGCAGUCAUGACCCCGAGUCACGGGACCCGGCCGGGAAACAGCAACAGUGGCAGUAGAACGAGAGCGGAGUCCGGGAUGGGUGGAUCAUCUGCGGGGGUGAACAAUGGUCAGUUUGGGAAUGAUUUGCAGGCGGUGGGGCUGCAGGUGGUCGGGGGGACGGUGGUGACGAGUAAAAGACGAGCGAAUUCGUUUGGGAACAGCAUCGGCGGCGGGGGGAAGCGGUAGUUACUUGUUUGUAGGAAGAGGGAACUACCCUGUGAGGGCGGGCACUGGAAUUUUGUUUAUGGAGGGCCGCAGGUGGUCAAGGUAUCGCUAAAGAGGCGGAAAUGGGAUUGCAAUUUGCAAAGCAAGCUAUGAGAACUUGUAUUAUGAGAACUGCUGGUGAAAUAGAAAUUUGGAUUUGCUGAACAAGUGUGGACUCUUUUUUUCUGUAAGAUCGACUCUGUAAACCUGCUAUCUGUUUCGAUUUUUCGUCAUCUGAUCGUCUCAUGCUGUUUACGACUUUUGGUUCACGCGUAGCUAAAAAUUUUGGGCACGCUACACCAUUAAGAUGAAGUGUUACGUAAUUUGAUAGUUUGGUUUUUUGAAUAUAGCAUCACGAAUGCGAUAGUUCGAAUAUUUCUUUUUUUGAGGCAAAUUAAAGUCCGCUCUCGGAGUGACGAAGCCGAUGACAUGCUGAACUUUUCGAUCCCAUCAGGCGUAAAGGCAAGGUACGUGCCGGGACACAAAAUCCAUGUUGAAUUUCUCAAACGCGAC